AUGUCUUUUCCCGAUAAAGAGGCUCGUGAAAAGUGCUGGAAAGGUCGAGACGAAUAUUGGGCCUGUCUGGAUAAGCACGCACCCGACUACCAAUGUACAUCGCAAGCACCAGAACCUAAAGAAUGCAUCCAGCUACGAAAACUGUACCAGCAAUCCUGCCCUGCCCAGUGGGUGAAGCAUUUCGAUCGGAAGCGAACCUACGACCAGUUUAAGCAAAAAAUGGCCAAAGGUUACGAACCACUCAACGAAACAAAAUAA